CUCCCCGGCAGCCCUCGGCGGCCGCGCUGGGCAUGCUCAGUCAGCAGGGCCGCCUCAGCUCGCAGAGUAGGAAGCUUGGGCGCUCCAGGUGCAAGGAGCCGCGGUGGGGGGAAAAUGGAGCCGUUUACCAAUGAUCGGCUUCAGCUCCCCCGGAAUAUGAUUGAAAACAGCAUGUUUGAGGAAGAACCAGAUGUGGUGGAUUUAGCCAAAGAGCCCUGUUUACAUCCUCUAGAGCCUGAUGAAGUAGAAUAUGAGCCCCGGGGUUCACGUCUGCUGGUGCGGGGUCUUGGGGAGCAUGAGAUGGAUGAGGAUGAAGAGGAUUAUGAGUCAUCUGCAAAGCUGCUGGGCAUGUCCUUUAUGAACAGAAGCUCAGGCCUUCGGAACAGUGCAGCCGGCUACAGGCAGAGCCCUGAUGGCGCUUGUUCAGUCCCCUCCGCAAGGACCAUGGUGGUCUGUGCUUUUGUCAUUGUGGUUGCCGUUUCUGUUAUCUUGGUGAUUUACCUAUUGCCCAAAUGUACCUUUACCAAAGAAGGCUGCCAUAAAAAAAACCAAUCAAUGGGACUAAUUCAGCCACUUGCAACAAAUGGGAAAUUGUUUCCAUGGGCACAAAUCAGGCUUCCCACUGCCAUUAAGCCACUACGCUAUGAACUUAACCUACACCCGAACCUAACCUCGAUGACAUUCAGGGGUUCUGUGACAAUUUCAGUUCAAGCUCUUCAGGCCACGUGGAAUAUCAUUCUUCAUAGCACAGGCCAUAAUAUUUCAAGAGUGACCAUUAUGUCAGCGGUUUCAAGCCAAGAAAAGCAAGUUGAGGUCCUGGAAUAUCCAUUUCAUGAACAAAUUGCCAUUGUUGCCCCUGAAGCGCUUCUAGAAGGGCACAAUUAUACCUUGAAGAUAGAGUAUUCGGCAAAUAUGUCUAGUUCUUACUAUGGGUUUUAUGGCAUCUCCUACACAGAUGAAAGUAAUGAGAAAAAGUACUUUGCGGCAACUCAGUUUGAACCCCUGGCAGCAAGAUCUGCUUUUCCGUGUUUUGAUGAGCCAACAUUUAAAGCCACAUUUAUCAUCAGGAUCAUAAGGGAUGAGCAACACACUGCUUUAUCAAAUAUGCCUAAGAAAUCUUCGGCCUUUAUGGAAGAUGGACUCGUUCAGGAUGAGUUUUCUGAGAGCGUGAAGAUGAGCACUUACUUGGUUGCCUUCAUCGUGGGGGAGAUGAAGAACCUGAGUCAGGACAUUAACGGAACCCUGGUUUCUAUAUAUGCUGUACCAGAAAAGAUUGAUCAAGUUCACCAUGCUUUGGAAACAACUGUGAAACUUCUUGAGUUUUAUCAAAACUACUUUGAAAUUCAAUACCCACUUAAGAAACUAGAUUUGGUGGCUAUUCCUGACUCUGAAGCAGGAGCGAUGGAAAAUUGGGGUUUGCUCACCUUUCGAGAAGAGACACUUCUGUACGAUAAUAAUACUUCUUCAGCGUCAGAUAGAAAACUGGUUACUAAAAUCAUUGCUCAUGAGCUGGCCCAUCAGUGGUUCGGUAAUCUGGUAACAAUGCAGUGGUGGAAUGAUCUGUGGCUGAAUGAAGGUUUUGCCACCUACAUGGAGUAUUUUUCUUUGGAAAAAAUAUUUGAAGAGUUCUCAAGUUAUGAAGAUUUCUUAGAUGCUCGAUUUAAAACCAUGAAGAAAGAUUCUUUGAAUUCAUCUCAUCCAAUAUCAUCAUCAUCUGUUCAGUCUUCAGCGCAGAUUGAAGAAAUGUUUGAUUUUCUUUCCUAUUUUAAGGGAGCUUCCCUCUUGUUGAUGCUGAAAACUUACCUUAGUGAAGAUGUGUUUCAACAUGCUGUUGUACUUUACCUGCAUAAGCAUAGCUAUGCGUCCAUUCAGAGUGACGAUCUGUGGGAGAGUUUUAACGAGGUCACAAACAAAACAUUAGAUGUGAAGAAGAUGAUGAAAACCUGGACCCUGCAGAAAGGAUUUCCCUUAGUGACUGUUCAAAGGAAAGGAAAGGAACUUGUUGUACAACAAGAGAGAUUCUUUUUAAAUAUAAAGCCUGAAAUUCAGCCUUCAGAUGCAAGCUACCUGUGGCAUAUUCCACUAUCCUAUAUAACUGAUGGAAAAAAUUCUCAAUCAGUAUCCUUACUGGAUAAGAAAUCAGGUGUCAUCAAUCUUACAGAAGAAGUAAAGUGGGUCAAAGUCAAUAUAAACAUGAAUGGCUAUUAUAUUGUACACUAUGCAGAUGAGGACUGGGAAGCACUGAUCAAACAGCUGAAAACAAAUCCUUAUGUUCUGAGUGAUAAAGACCGAGCCAACCUCAUCAACAACAUCUUUGAACUUGCAGGCAUUGGCAAGGUGCCCCUUCAAAGGGCCUUUGAUUUGAUUGAUUAUCUUGGAAAGGAGAACCACACUGCGCCCAUCACUGAAGCCCUGUUCCAGACAGGCCUCAUCUGUAACCUCCUAGAAAAACGGGGACACAUGGAUCUGGCCUCAAGACUGGUGACCAGAGUAUUUAAAUUACUUCAAAACCAAAUCCAACAACAAACCUGGACUGAUAAGGGCACCCCAUCUAUGCGAGAGCUCCGGUCAGUCUUGCUAGACUUUGCUUGUACCCAUAGCCUAGAGAACUACAGCGCUACUGCCGUGAAGCUCUUUGAUGAUUGGGUGGCAUCCAAUGGAACUCAAAGCCUACCUACUGAUGUCAUGACUACUGUGUUCAAAGUUGGAGCAAAAAGUGAGAAAGGCUGGUUAUUCCUUUUAAGCAAGUACAUCACUAUAGGCUCUGAAGCAGAGAAGAAUAAAAUACUUGAAGCUCUUGCUAGCUCAGAGGAUGUACGGAAACUUUACUGGUUAAUGAAAAAUAGCCUCGAUGGAGAUGUCAUCCGAACACAGAAGCUGUCCUUCAUCAUUAGAACAGUGGGCCGACGUUUUCCUGGACACUUACUAGCGUGGGAUUUUGUCAAAGAGAACUGGAAUAAGCUUGUACAGAAGUUUCAUCUGGGGUCCUAUACCAUACAAAGUAUAGUUGCUGGAUCAACUCACCUGUUUUCCACGAAGGCACAUUUGUCUGAGGUCCAGGCGUUCUUUGAAAAUGAGUCAGAGGCAACAUUUCGGCUGCGUUGUGUCCAGGAGGCUUUGGAAGUCAUUCAGCUCAACAUCCAGUGGAUGGAGAAGAAUUUAAAAUCUCUGACAUCGUGGCUGUAGCAUGCAUAACCACGCCUCUUGUCGCCCAUUCAGAGAGUUUGUGAACUUGAGACUCUGCUGCUUUUGCAAAAGCCAAGGUGAAGCCAGGCUCGCUGCUAAGUUGUCUGCAGUCUUAGGAGUUCUAGUUAGCUCAGGGCACAUCUGUAUUUUUCAUCUGUCUUUUCUGAGUGUCUUUGGGCAGUAUGUUGUUAUUUAUUACAAAAUUGUAUUCACCUAUAUGCCAGUCUGCUACAAAAACAACGAGUAAUUUUUCUACUUUGAAGAUACAGAAAGGGGGAAAAAUUAUCUCUUUUGAAAUUCUAUUUCUCAAUACAAGAAGGUCCUGACACAGUGAAACAAGAAAAGGUCGACCAUACGAGCCACCAUCUUUGCAGGCUGCUGGUAUGUCAGCCAUUUGUUGCUUCAUGUGUACAAAGUUAGCUUUAGAUAAUAAUGCAGACAACGAAGCAUGCGGCCAUGGAGACCUGAUCUCAGGUGUACAGAUCUCCUUUGAUUUGGGGUUUUGAUUAGUCCUUUAUUUUCUGGAAAAAUUUAAAUAAAAUCUAUAGCUAUUAUAUUUUCUUCUGCAGAAUAGCCAGGUGCUACAGAAUUUUUAAAUUUUUGUUGUAUUGAAAAGCUAAAUCACAAGGCCAAAAGAUUAAAUUUUCCAAAUACUUAACACGUUUCUUUCAAUGUUUUGUAGCAUUACCGUAGGAAACUGCUCCAAACCUGAGUUAGCUUUAAUUAUAAUUUUUAUUCAUGGGUGCAGAUACUCCUCAAAUCUGUACACCUUUAUUACCCCACGCCAUAGACAUACUGUAUGCUGUAGAUAAGUAUUUCUACAUUUGUGACAAGCAUUUUGUUAACUCUGGUGUCCUUCGCUGUGACUUUUAUCACGAUUAAUAAGAAUAUAAUUUAAGUUAAAAAUUAUAACCUAUAAUUGGCAUGAUAGAUCAUAGAUUCUUUGAAUCAUACCCUAAUGUGGAUUUUUAUUUUGUAUGAUAGAGUAGCAUAUCAGAAGCAUAUUUUAAAAUAGGGCCUUUGAGAACCCGAACAUUUUUAUUUGAAGUUCACCAUAGUACCUUAAAUAGAAAUGAGGAAAAUGUGGGAGAGGAGUAACCUGAAUUCAGAUUGGAUAUGGUGGGCUUUGAAUUUUUUCCAGUAUCAGAAACAGUACUUUUCUUUAAUUGAUAAUCAUAGUUUUUCUUUCAUUGUGGCCAAACUAACAUUAAAAGAAAUGGCCAAAGAAAGAAAGAAAAAGAAAAAUGAGGAAGGAUACCCAAAACUGUAUGGCAUUUUUACUCCUGAGGGAGAAAUACUGUACUUGAAUUUUUUGAGCUAUGCAGACUUACACCUAGAUUGUUGUUUCUUUGAUUCUUAGGAGAAAAGCUUUCUUCCUAGCAACUCUUAAGUUGUUUAUAUUUUGUUUGAAAACAGCUUCUAUGUACAUAAAAAGGGUAGUUAUCCAUUUGUGAGCACUUAAAACACUCCACAGAGUCAGACAGUGGGGAAAGGUCACCUUUUUUUAUUUAGCAGGUGUGAAGCUAGAAUAUGUGAGAUUGUGUAUAAAAUUAUAUUUAUUUUAUGGAAAAUAUUUUUAUAAAACAAAAUUUAAAAGGCUGGCAAACUAAAAGAUAGUCUUUAAUUCUAGUGUGUUUUCCCUCAAUUUAGUUUUUUCUGAACAUUUAUCUUUCUGUUUUAGAGUAGAAAAUAUAUUCUGAAUCAUCUAAAGAUGUCUUAUUAAAACUUGGGUGAUUGUGCUUUGGUAAAUGAAUGAUAAUUUAGUUGAUAUUGAAAGUUUUUGUGUUUUUGUAUUUUAAGAGUGGGGAAAAUACUAAGUUUUGGAGGGUUUUGUUGUUACUGGUUUUUUACCAUGUUAAUUACUAAAUUCCACUUUGAUACAGAGUAUAAUUUUGUUACUUCUCAAAUUCAGUUAUGAUUCUUCAGUUUUACCUGCCUGUCUUGACAUUGCUUCUGUAAUACAUGUUAACUCUGCAUAUGGCAAACCUUGUCUUGAAUUUUAUCAGUUUUUUUCGUGUGUGUGUGGUGUGGGAAGUAUUGUUGUUAGUAAAACCUUAUAAAAACUUGGGCUGAAAAAAAGAAGUAACUCAUAAUCCAUUGCUAUCUUGGCACUUAAAGGCUGUUCAUUUCCAUGAUACUGGAACCAUAAUAUCUACAUUAUCAGUAGUCUUAUAGGCCUCACCUAAAUUUUUCCCACAGAAUUCUGUAAUUUUUAAUGUUAGGCUAGUUCAUCCAUAUGGGACUUAUAAAAACUAACUCCAAACCAGAAAUAUGAGUUUAAAUAAUAGGUAGAAUGUGUAGGGUAAUAAAUAGAGCUUUCAAAGGUUUUUUUCCCAAAAAAAAACUUAAUCUUACCCUCAAAAGUCAAAGAUUGAAGCACAGAAGUCAGAAUAUGCUUUUUUAUAUAAGCACACAGAUCCGUGACAGAAUUAAGUACUUGUUUGACAAGUAUUAUUUGCCUUUCAUACUGAGAGACUGUCCACUUGAAUGUAAUAAAAAAGGCACAUCAUACUACAUUAUUAGUGCAUUAUUAGUACAGAGAGAUAAAAUUGGAAAUGAUGGAAGAAAAUGUUUGCGUUGGAGAUCUGAAAGGUUGUUAAAGUAGAAAUCUAAGGAGUCUAGUAUGUUCUGUUAAUAUCAAAUGAUUAAUUAAACUGCAAGUAGUAUCAGCUUCCAUCAAAAGUUUGUACCUUCCUCCAUCUUGUGGUUCUGUAUAAGUCUUUUUAAAUGAAAUUGUGUCAUUUGUCAUUGUUGUGGUGUUUGUGCAAAACUUUGUCACAGGUUCUGCGUACCACUGAUUUCUUUGCAUAGCGUUUUGUUUUAUUGUACUUUAGUCAUUGUAGUAGUAAAAGAGCUGUCAGAUGAGUGGUGGGUAUCUAGAGUGGAUAGAGCUACAUCAGUGUUGGUAGUUACAGGACAGAAUCCUUUCUGAAUGUGAGGAAGUUACAUGCUGAAUUUGUUGGAUUACUGAUAGCCUGUUCUUGAGUUGGAUUUGAAGGAGUCUGUUCAAACUAGGGCACCUGGAACUAUAAUCUGCAGUCAGAUUGCAGAACAUUCAGGUAAUUCCCAUGAAUUUCAUGGGGCUGCAGGGAAGGUCUAUGCAUAUCAGAAGAUGUGUCAUCACAAAGAAAAGACGUUCCUAGGCUAAGUUUGCAAAACUAGAGCUGAGUUCUGUUACAUAGACCUAAGAACUGAGGUCAUAAGUACGAUGUAGAUUUUCUCCUCUUUGCCUUUGUUGCUUAUGUUUUUAUUGGAAUUUACUCUCUUCUUAAAGAGCUCCCCCUCACUACCCCAUUUGUACUUUAAAAAAUUAGCGUAUGUAAAUACUUUUGCAUUCUUUUGUUUCAUGCUUCUUUCUCUGCGUGGGCAGGUAAAUACCAAAUGAGGAGUGGAGGUCCGAAAGUGUGAUAUGUCUCCUCUCCUCCCUUUCCCUGACUCCCUGCAUGGUAGAAUAGUUGAUUGAUUUCUUUGAGUGGUUUUGGAGGUAUAUACUUUAAAAACUUACACAUGUUUGAUACUUUUUUAUGUUCUUCACUUUGUAUAGUUUAUCCUGAUGAAAAGUAAGAUGCUGUCCUAUGAAAAUCUCUUCUCCCCUUCCCCUAUUUGUGCCGUGUGGGCAACAGCUGACAGAGUGUAGUCAUUUGGUUUCCUCCUUCGUAAGGAGGUGAUGAUGUUGGGAGGAGAGCAGGAUCUUUUCUUUUUAAAAUGUGUACAAAUUUUUUUGCUGCUGUUUGUGGAUGUUACGUCAUUUUGUACUUCAUUCAUCCUUCUCAGUGGGUGUUUAGCUACCUAAUGAGCUGUGGAGGUCCUGAGGUAUGGCAAAUGUUCCAUUUACUCCCCUUCUUAUUGCUUGUGUAGACAACAAUGAUAGAGUAGUUUCUAGUCUAUUGAUCUAAUCUUGGAGGGAUGGGUAUUGUACAUCAUUCUUUUAAGAGUGUAUAAAUGUCUUGCUACUUUUUUACAUUUCAUUUUAUACUUCUUUGUGUGAAUACAUACAUAAUGAAAAUUGAGGUUCAGAGUAUGACAAAUCUCUUUCCCUUUUCUGUAUUGCCUGUUUGGGCAAUAACUAAUAAAUUGUUUGUUUUAUUUUGGGGGGUGGGAGAGAGUGGGGCUGUAAAGUAUGAACUUAGUGUACACAGAUAUAUUUGCUACUAUAUUACUAUUUCAUUUUGUAUUAUGUCCUUCUCAUGGAUGGAGAAGUACCUAAUGAAACGUGGAGGUCCGGAUGUAUAACAAUCUCCUCUUCUCCCUUCCCUUAUUGCCUGUGUGGGCAAUAGCUGAUAGAGUAGUUGCUGAAUUAUUGUUUGUUCGUUUGUUUGGGGGGGUGGGCGGCAGGGAUGUGUACUUACUGUAUAUACAUGUUUUUACUACUAUAUUGUAUUAUUGUACUGGGCUCCCAGUCUUUCACUUGGACUGGACGAUACCUAAUGAACUAUGGAGUUCUGAUGUAUAACAAUCUCCUCUUCUCCCUUUCCCUUAUUGCCUGUGUGGGCAAUCAUUUUAGAGCAGUUUGGGUUUUUUAAAGAAUUUUUUGCGAAGGGAGGAGGGAGGGGUUUCAGGGCAAGGCUGUGUACUUUAAUAUAUCUAUAUCUAAACCCCCAAACCCAGUGCACAUAUAUAUAUAUAUAUAUAUCUUUGCUAUUUUUUGUUACUUCAUUUUUUUCCUUGUCCUUUACAUGGAUGUUUAAAUAUAUAAAGAAAAUCGAGAUUCAGUCUAUGUCAAAUCUCUUCUUCUGCCGUUUCCUUAUUGCCUGUGCGGCAGUGGCUAGUAGAACAGUUGAUUAGUUUCAGGGUUUUUUUUUUUUUUGGGAGUUGGGGUGUUGGGGAGAGGGGUGAGAUCAGGGUACAUACUUUUAUAAAUGUAUGUACAUGUUUUUACUUCUUUUUUAUAUUAUUUCACUGGGUUCCCAGUCCUUCAUGUGGACUGUAGGUUGCUAAUGACCCGUGGAGUUCUGGAUGUCUAACAGUCUCCUCUUUUCCCUUUCCCUUUGUGUCUAUAUAGGCAAUAAUUUUAAAGUAGUUUGGGUUUUUUUGAAGGCUUCUUUUUGGGGGGAUGGGGAGGGGCUAAGGGCGGGACAUACACUUUUUAAAAAUGUGUAUAUAGUUUUUGUUACUGUGUUACUUCAUUUAGUACCCAGUCCUUGGGCGGACAUAUGGGUACCUAAUAAAACGUGGAGUUCCGGAUGUAUGAAAACCUCCUAUCCCCCUUCCCAUAUUGCCUGUGUGGGCGAUUGCUUUAGAGGAGUAUAGGUUACUUUUUUUCACUGCACCACCACAGAGAGGGUGGGAGUAUGUACUUUAAUGUAUAUAAAUGUUUUUAUUCAUUUUUUUCUGUGCUUCAUUUUGUACCUAGAUCUUUCCAUGGAUACUUAGGUAUAUAAAUGAAAACUGAGGUUCAUUCUAUGAAAAAAAAUCUCCACUUCCCCUUCCCCUGUUGCCUGUCUGGGCAAUUGCUAGUAGAGUUUUUUGUUUUGUUUUUGCUAGCAGGAUGAUUUCUGGGUUUGUAUUUUUUUUAAUGUAUAUAAAUGUUGGCUUUUUGUGUUGUUUUUCUUUCACACCAAACCCAGUGUUUAGUUUUUGGACUUGUGGGUGUAAAAUGAAACUUAGACGCCCAGAUCUGGAGGUGUGAAAAAUCUUUUCUCCUUCCCCGAAAGCCUAUGUAAACGGGCAGUUGUUUAAGAGUACUUUAAGGCUGGCUUGUGUGUUUGUUUUUGAGACUUUUAUUCAGGAGUGGGCAGGGUAUCUAUUUUUUUUUUUAAUAUGCAUGUUUUUGCCCCUUUUGGUGUUAACAUCAUUUUGAAUCUCGUCCUUUGCAUGACUGUUAAGGUACUUGAUGAAAGUUGAGAUUGAUUCUAUGAAAAACCCCUUUUCCCUGUUCCUCAUUGCCUGGUGGGCAAUGGUAGAAGAAUAGAUGUUUGGUUCUUUUUUGCAUGUGUGGAGGGGCAUAUAUUCUCUUUAAAUGUAUAUAAGGGUUUGCUACAUUUUGUGUGUUGUUAUAUCUAGUACCCAGUCCUUUGCUGGGACUUACAGAUGCAUUAAUAAAAUAUGGAGGUCCAGAACCGAACCUAACCUAAAAAACCUACGGAGGUCCAGACGUAUGAUAAAUCUCCUCUUCUCCCCUUCCCCCAUUGCCUGCAUGGGCAACAGUUUUAUAAUAAUUUGGGGUCUUUGUUUUUUGAGGUUCUUUUAUUUGGGUAGUUAGUGGUUAGGGGAAAAGAGCAGGAGGUGUACUUUUUAAAAAUGUAUAUAGAUGUUUUGUGUUAAUUGAUUUUUGUACCUAGCCCUUUGCAUGGAUGCAUAAGUACCUAAUGAAAAUUGAGGAUUAGUGUAUGACAAAUCUCCCUUCUCCCUUCCCCUCAUUGCCUGUGUGGGCAAUAGCGAGUAGAUAGUUGUAUGUAGUUUACUUACUUGUUCAUUUGAGGGAUUUAUAGUUUUGGCAGAGAAGUAUUCUUAAUAGCUACAAAUAUUUUUUCUUUGUUAUUUCAUUUUGUAUUUAAUCCUUCACAUAGCCAUAUAGGGACCUAAUGGAAAAUUGAGCUUCAUAAUAUGAGAUCACUUCCUCCUUUCCCGCAUAUUUCCUCACUUAGCAGUAGCUAGUAUUAUAGUUGUUCUUUGGUUAUUUUGUUUUAUUCUGUAGGGUAGAUGGUUUUUACAGUGUAAAUAUAUAUACUCAUAUAGAUAAUUUGAUUCUUUUUAUCAUUAUUUCUUUUUAGUACUUGGUCUUUGCAGGGCUCUGAAGAUACCUAAGAAAAAUAAAGGCCCAUUAAAUCCCUGCCAUCUGGCUUAAAGAUCUAGCUGUGUGGUGGUGUAACUAAUGACAAAAGGCAUGUAGCAAAUAAGAAGAAGGACUGUUUGGAUGGGGGAAGACACCUUGGAUAUGGUUGAGUUGUGAAAGUAAUCAGAUCCAGAAUUUCUUGUAUUGAUUCAAACUGAACGAGAUAGCCAGAAGGGACCUAUACUUUGGAAAUUCCAGAAAGGCAGGAGAGCAGUACUUAGUAAAAGUGUGUUUAAAGUUCAUUACUAAUGAGUCUCAGUAACUGCUAAGCCAAUGAAGCCAACCAUGGGCCUAUAAGAUAAGAGUGCUGCCUAAAACUCAUCUGAAGACCUUUGAGAGUAGCUCCUUUUUGAAACCUGGAAUUCUGAUUUACCUACAGAAGUCUGUUGUAGUUCUGGCGAUAGCAUAUUCAUGCAUAAAAAAAAAAAAAUUUUUUUUUUUUCUUUAUCCAAUGGAAAUUCUUUUAAUUCUUGGGAGGAGCCUUUUGAGUUAUUGCCAUGGUUCCAGUGAAUGACAACAUGGCCCCAAAAACUAAUCCAAAGAGUUGCGGGGGCAGCCCUUUCUACCUUUCAACACCCACAUAUGGCAGGGCAAGGUUGGCCCUUUCCUACCCAGAGCCUUUUGUGUGGCUGCAUCUCUCUCCUCAGGUCUCCAUUAACUGGUCCAUGCCUGUUCCUUUUUCCUUUUUGUCUUUAGGGCCUGGAUGUUAGAUACUAGCUUCAAUUGCGCUAAAAACAUAAGCCAACACUGCCUUGCUAGCUGCAUGUUUUUGUGCACAUUUCAUGCAUCCAGACCUGCAUGUUUGUUUUUAGCGUUCUUGUAUUUUAUUUCACACGGUUCCUUCAUCACCAUAUGGUAAAUGUUAUAACACCAUGUUGUCUGUAUUAAAGAAAAUGCAUGUGUAAAGAUCUUUCUUUUCUUCCUUCCCUCCUUUUUUCCCCUCCUUUCUUCCUUUCAAGCAUCUUAGCAUUAUUUGUUUUAACAUUUAUACUGAUACUACUCCAUGCCGAAGAUUUGCCAUAUUUUUUAAGAAACAUUGAGUGAUACGACUCCUAGAAAAUUUGCAGAGAUGUUAUUUACCAUAGCAAAUUCUCAGGUUCUAGUGAUGAAAAAUUAGCCUAUACUUCGCUGUUAUUUAUACCUGCUGCUGUAGAAAAAAAAAGUUUAUUCAUAACAACACAUUUAACUUUGAUCAUAAAUAAAAGAGAGGGAGCACCUUUUUGGAGUUAGUCAUGGUAGUCAUUAGUGAUACUUCUGAAUGGUUCUUAAUUUGAAAUGCUUCAAAGAAAGGAAAGGUCAUGGCUUAGCUGAAUGAAAUGCUCCAGGAAUUGAACUGCUGUAAACCAACAGUACAAUAGUGUGCUUGUGUGUGUGUGUGUAUGAGAUAAGAGUUACAACAUAAUGGGAGCAUUUGCAUUAAUCACCAAACUCAUAUUGAGACAAAACUUAGUCUUACAGCUCUCUUGAUUAAAGCCAAGUGUUCAAUAUUGCUGUGAAGAAUAGUAGCUUUCAAAUACUUUGGAAAGUAGUUACUUGGGAACUUGUAAAACGGUAUUACAUUUUUGUAUUUAAACACCUAUAAAGAUCUCCAAUUCCAAGUCUGAGUUUGUGGGUGGAAUUCUAAAUUUGUAUCAUAAUCUGUCUUUUGUCAAAGACUUUGAAAAUAGAAUAUAUAUAUACCUAAAAUAUUGUUUAUGUAAUUGUGUUGUUUCAACAAGGGAAAAGGCUUAUUUUUCUUUGUAUUUGUAAUGACUUAUUUUGCAUAUGACCAGCACUGACUGAAAGGCAUGUGUAACUGCAAACACUGUUCCUUGUUUUUUUCUUUUUUUGUGAAAUAAAAAUAAAAGUAUUUAAAUACAA